CAAAUGUCGUUGCACUUACAGUUUUAGGGUUGAAGCCUUAAUGCAUGAUUUUAUUAACAAACAAGAAGAUAUUGAUGAGUUAUCUUUCACUAAAAAUGUGGCGCGAUCAAAUGAAACUGUGGAUAUAAAGAGAAAACGAUUGAAAUAUCAAGGCAAAUAUAGAGGCAUUCUUGAGUCCAGUUUGCUGUUAUCAAAUUUUUGUGACACCAAAAUCCCCGAGUUGAACGAGGAGGAGUUAAACGAUUUAGAUAGGUUGCUUAGCGAGAAUGACUGGGAUAUAUACAGCUGGAUAACUGGAAGGGCCCCUUUACCUGAGGUUCAUAAAACAACAGUAUUCGAGAAGAUCAACCAUUUUAGUAAAAAUGAACUUAAAAGCGUGUUGAAGAAAAUGAAUCUUCAGUGA